GAGGGGAGGAGUUCAUGAGGAGGGAGGGAGACCGUAGGUGGAACACAAGUAGCCCAAGCAAAUUAUGUUUAGUGCGCUCACCAGACCACAGUAUACAGUAUACCUACUGAGAGAGUGACACACAGGCGCACUUUGCCUUUCUCUCUCUAAGCUGAACGGACAGAAGAAAACUGAACUAGAUAAAAUGAGCUUGAGCUGACAACCAACAGAAGAGUUUAGCAGCAUUGCUUACUUAUAUUCUACGUAAUUCCCAAACAUAUAUACAAUGAUAGACCGAGGUUAUCUGAAACAGAUUGAGUGUCAAUGUAGCACGCGUGGACGUGGCGUGGACAGAGCAUUAUAUGGCUUAGUUUGUGAAGAAAACUGUGGAUUAUAUCGCAAAGUGAAGUACUUACAGUGAAGAACCGGAGCUGACUGACGGUCAUGAGGAUAGCCUCUUGGGAAGAUAAUUUGGGUCAGCCCAAUCACUCUGUGCUGGAGAUGGAGGGGCCACCAGAUCUGUCCAGCUCCCUCUUCAAUCUCAGCAGCAGCUAUGGUGGUACAGGGGCUUUUCUUUGGCUAUAUCCGUCAGAAAAUGUCACAUGGACCACAAUGAGGCCCACGAUGCAGCCAGUGACCCCUCCAAGAGUGAGGGACCAAGCCUUAGCCCAGGCGGAGAUCGGGGUACUGGGACUGGUUCUAGCCCUCACUGCUCUGGGCAAUGGAUUUGUGCUGUGGGUGCUACUACGUCGUAAGAAAAAUCACGCUCCUAUGCACCUCUUCAUGGUCAAUCUGUGCGUGGCUGACCUGGUAGUGGCCUUCUUUCAGGUGCUGCCGCAGCUGGUGUGGGACAUCACCGAGCGCUUCCAUGGUCCCGAUGCUCUGUGUCGCUCUGUGAAAUAUUUGCAGAUUGUCGGGAUGUUUGCAUCCUCCUACAUGAUUGUAGCCAUGACUGUGGAUCGGCACUACGCCAUCUGUUGUCCCCUACAGGCAUAUCGUGGGGGCGCAACCUCUCGCUGGAACACCCCUAUCAUGGUUGCAUGGGGCCUGGCAUUUGUGCUCAGUUUACCACAGGUGUUUAUCUUCUCGCAGUCAGAAGUUUCCCCCGGGGUGUUUGAAUGCUGGGGCCACUUUGCGGAGCCGUGGGGUCUGAAAGCAUAUGUCACCUGGAUGACUGUGGCUGUGUUUGUAUUGCCGGCCCUAAUCAUUACGGUCUGUCAGGUUCGCAUCUUCAGAGAAAUCCAUGACAACAUUUACUUGAAGUCAGAACGGGUGGUAACAGCAGAAUUUAAGAAGAACUCAGUCUUCUUUCACUUUCCCCGGAGGGAGGGUGGCAGGGGAAGGACGAGAAAGAAAAACGAGAGAAGCAGACAGAGCAGACACAGUCAGCAAGGCGAAAUCAGUCUCAGUCAAGCUCACUGCAGCCGCUCACAUCAUGCUGGACAGGAAGAGUUCUCCUCAAACCUAUAUGACGAAUACUCGCAGACUUUACCCUGUAGGAGCUCUAUGUGUGAACCCUGCUUUGGGCCAUGCCCCUCUUCAGACCCUUCCAUCCCAAAUCACCUGCAAAACAGCCCCAACAAUCUCUCAGACCCCACCCAUUCUCAGUCAUUAUCAGCCAAUAGCGUGUGUGCAUUGGCUGGACACACGGAGAGCUCUGGAGCUUCUGAACUAUGGCCAGAUGUGCUUCCAGAUGCUUUUCCACUUCCGACCGAGUAUUCGCACCCGCCGCCUGUCCCGGGUGUGACGAAAGCCAUGUCUAAGACGGUGAGGAUGACUCUUGUCAUUGUGCUGGUCUACACCAUCUGCUGGUCUCCUUUCUUUAUUGUUCAGUUAUGGGCCGCCUGGGACCCCAACCCACCAAUCCAAGGGGCUGUUUUCACUAUUCUGAUGCUACUAGCCAGUCUAAACUCAUGCACUAACCCGUGGAUCUACACAGCCUUCUCCAGCAGCGUGUCCCGUGAACUGCUCGCCCUGCUGCGCUGCCAUAGAAGAUCCCCACGCCGAGGGUCCCUGCCGGACGACUCCACCGCAACGCACACAUCAACCAACACCAAGGACUCCAUAUAUUGACCCCUGGUCUGACUCUACAACAAACACACACACAUAAGAGCACACCACAAACACACCGCUGAAGUGAUAAACUAGACCUUGUCCCAAAUGACUCUCAAAGUUGUCCUCUGGGCCAAUUUUGGUGACACAAAUACAAUAAUCUAAAGGGUGCAUUUGAGGUUAGGAGUAGCUUUUCUAAUUAUAAAUUGAUACAUUGGACAACAUUAGGAAGCUUGGAAACUUCAUGGACAAGCACCCACUCUGUAAAGUGUGGUGAAACGACUGUUUGCUACAGGACUGUAUUUUUAUAUGUCCUACAUUGAAGGCUAUUGGUCACAGGACUAAAUUCAGGAACAUGCCGUUUAUACAAUCUGAUCAGCAGAUACUGAUCUGUCGAAGAAGACUAAAUCACGGUAACACCUUACAAUGUGCUUGCACUAAAUAAAUGCUAGGCUAAUUAUUGUAUUAUAGAGUCCAUAUGUGUAGAUUAAUCAAUCUUUGAAUCAUAUGGAAUGUUCUGUUGUUGUCCAUGCAGAAAUCAUUAAUAAUAAAUGGUUUAGUUCUUCAAGAGUUAUAU